GUCGCACAGCGGCGACCGAGAGAUACGCAGCCGAAUUUUGAGAACUUAUAAGCGGUUUGUGACAGAGUCGAAGUUGCCAGGGAUAGUCGCUGGUCGGCUGCCGCCUAGAAUCUCCAGUGCUUGCAACUGUUGUGGAAGUACAGUCCGGGAAAAGAAAAUCUGAGGAUUUGCUGCGAGUUUGGGAGCUUUUCGUUUCCUUUCUUGAAAUUCAAGUUGGAGAAGGAAAUAGGUCGGCUCACUGAGACGGGUUAAAUGGCUGCACCCAAGAAGAGAAAGCUGGAUGGCAGUGGCAGCGGCAGUGGCAGUGGCAGUUCCACGCCGACCAUGAUGAGCGCGUUUGCCGCCAGGCAACAACUGUGGGGAGUUGCAGCAACGAGGAACAGCACGGCAGUCGAGAAAGCCACCGCGGAGCCGGCGCCUGAAAAUGUCACGCAGCCGGGAAGGAGCGACCGAAGCAGCAAACGCCAGGCCACAGAAGAGCCAGUCCUUGGCUCUACUACUGCUCCCACAACGACUAGUGCGGAUUCGAAGCCAAGGCAGACAGCCAUCGAAAGCGGGCAGCCUCGGGCGGGUUCUACCACGCCGCGGGUCGAAUCGGCUGAAGCGCCAGUCAGACAGCACUCUUCGUUUCGGCCGAGCAAGAAAAACCUCCAACGGAGAGCUGGAGGCCGGAUCGUGCUAACUUGCCCCGAAGCAGAGCGGCUUGUGCUUCUCGGGAGCUACGGCGUCAAGGUACAGGAGGGCGAGGCAACCAUCGCUGGAGCCAUCUUGACGCCCUCUGACGAGGUGCAAUGGGUUCAUGCUCCCCUCUGCCAUGCCGUGCCCGUGCUGCGGGCAGCCGACGACACAGUCCUUGAAGUCCUCCCGCAUCCUGCCGCGAAGGGGCUUCGGCAACUCGCCAAGCUGAAUCCCUGCUUCGCCAGGCUCUGGAACGAGACCGCUUCGCAGGAAUCUGCGAGGAGCAAGCCCAGCAAAUCUCUUGGAACCUUUCAAAUUAUCUACACCUCUGAUGAUGUCCCCAAGAGGGCCGCCUUGCAAGAACUCGUCUCGCCGGCGGAGUGGAAUAAGAAGCUAUCUGGGCUGGCGGCCGGGAAACCGAGAGGCGCCCCCGCUAUUUUCCUCUGCGGGCCAAAGUCAUCCGGGAAGUCAACGUUCGGGAGGCUGCUGGCCAACCGCCUCAUAACCGACCGACGAGGCUCCAAGAACGAGCUAUGGUCGAGCGUCAUGGUGCUCGACCUCGAUCCUGGACAACCUGAAUACUCGCCGCCAGGGGUGGUCUCCUUGUCCAAAAUUGCGGUGCCCAACCUCUCCCCUUCCUUUUGCCAUCCCAUUCUACCGCCCCACGACGGCCAACUGCGGGCCCACGCCAUUGCAUCUGUCAACCCGGGUCUUGACCCGGCUCACUUCAUUGAAUGUGCGCUCGACCUCUACGCUCACUAUCAACGAAGCCGCGACGCCAAAUAUCCCUUGAUCAUCAACACGCCCGGCUGGAUUCAAGGCACCGGCCUCGACAUCCUCUCUGACCUGAUCACAGCCAUUCGUCCGACCGAGGUAAUCUACAUGUCGCAGGACGGUCCCGACGACACCGUCAGUACUCUCCAAUCCGCCUGCAACGCCGCCGCCGCCGCCGCCGCUCCGAUUCCGUUCACCACCCUCCCCUCUCAGCCGAGCGACAUCCUGAGCCGCCGCUCCAACAACCCGCAGCCCUUAGCUGGGACCCCACACCCCUAA